UUUUGUAAACACCUCAGUAGUUUUUCGUAUAUGAGUCCGAAAUGACACGAUCUCAAUCGUCGCCUUGGUCCAUCCACUUAUCAAUAUCCCUAAUAAGCGCCGUCCUGUAUCCUUCAUUUUGUCAGAAUUAUUGUGACCCGGCGCUCUGUCCGAAUGGCCGACAUGUGGCCUGUCGGAGCAGCGGACGCUUCGUCAGCGGCUGCAAUGGGCAAUUUGUGCAGGUGGAUCCAUACAUCCAGCAGAUCCUGCAACUCCACAAUGAACGCCGCAAUCUGAUUGCCGGCGGCGGGGUGAGCGGGUUCCCCAGUGCCGUGCACAUGGGCACCAUGAGCUGGGACACGACGUUGGCCCAACUGGCCGCCUACAACGCACUCCAAUGCCGAAUGGCGCACGACGAGUGCCGGAAUACCAAUACGUACCGCUAUGCUGGCCAGAACCUGAGCAUACUUUUCUCUAGGACCGUUGAAGUCGGUGAAUUUCUGCGGCAGCGUAUUGCAGCUUGGUUUGAUGAGAACCGCGACGCGACGGCCGGCGACAUGGAGAACUACCAGAUGCGUGGUGGACCGGCCAUUGGACACUUUACGACCAUGGUGAACGAACGGAAUAACAAAGUUGGGUGUGCAAUCGCUCGCUUUACGGACGCAAAUAACGUGCAGGCCACCCUUCUGGCCUGCAACUACGCGGUCACGAAUGUAUUGAACAAUCCGGUCUACCGAGCGGGAUCCGCCGCUACAGAAUGCUCAACAGGUCGCAACCCCAAUUAUCCCAACCUCUGCUCCUCGAAUGAGGUCUACAACUACAACCAGUGGUCGGGAUGAAACUCUCAAGAAUAAUCUGCUGGUCUUGUAAUUGUGAAACGUUGAUGUGCUUAUGACAAGAAAAGUUUAUUGAUAUUAACUGAAAUUAAAUUUGUAUAUUUGUACUUAAGAAAAUAAUCAUUUUUCACACCCUU